AUGGAUAAAUUUAUUAUUCGUAAAACCACAGCCGAUGAUACAAAUCAAAACACAAAUGUACAACCAGUUCAGUCAGUCAGUUCGGCAAAACCUAAAGUAAAAUUAACACCAUCGGGUAAUCGUAGUUAUAAUACAGACUUUAUUCAAUUUGGUUUUCGAAGUUGUGAAUCUAAUGAAAUAGUUCAGCCGCAAUGUGUCGUAUGUGGAGAAAUUUUAGCUAACGAAAGUUUAAAACCCUUCAAAUUAAAACGGCAUCUCAAAACUAAACAUCCAAAUGUAAAUAAAAAACCUAAAGAAUAUUUUGAACGUUUAAAUGACCAAUUCGUAAAUAAUACAAAUGCAAUCAAAACUUAUUGUCAUACUACAUUUUCUGGUGUAAAGGCCUCAUAUUUAUUAGCAUAUAGAAUCGCUAAAAAUAAUAAACCACACACUAUUGGCGAGAAUCUUAUUCUGCCUGCUGCAAUAGAUAUGUGUACAGAAAUAUUAGGAAAAGAAGCAGCAAACAAACUAAAAAUAAUACCAGCUUCAAAUAAUACUGUUCAGAGACGUAUUUUAGAUAUAAACGAAAACUUAAAACAACAAUUAUUAAACAGAUUAAACGCAAAACCUAUACUUUUUUUAUUCUAUUCAGUUGGAUGA